AUGUUUUGCCAAAACUUGGUUUUCGCCAUUAAUGGACAAAGGUUCGAGCUUGCCCUUUCCUCCGUGGACCCUUCAACAACUUUGUUAGAGUUCCUCCGUUACCAGUCGCCUUUCAAGAGCGUUAAGCUGAGUUGCGGCGAAGGAGGAUGCGGUGCUUGUGUUGUUCUUCUCUCAAGAUACGAUCCUGUUCUACAAAAUGUGGAAGAUUUCACAGUGAGCUCUUGCCUCACGCUCCUCUGCAGCAUAAACCAUUGCAGCAUCACAACAUCAGAAGGACUUGGGAACAGCAGAGAGGGUUUCCACACGAUUCACAACCGGUUAUCGGGUUUCCACGCCUCUCAGUGCGGUUUCUGCACGCCAGGAAUGUCUGUUUCUCUCUUCUCUGCUCUCUUAGACUCUUCCUCCUCCGAGUUCACGGUUCUUGAAGCAGAGAAAGCCGUCUCCGGGAACUUAUGUCGGUGUACGGGGUACCGUCCCAUCGUUGAUGCUUGCAAGAGCUUUGCUGCUGAUGUCGACAUUGAGGAUCUUGGAUUCAACUCCUUCUGUAAGAAUAGUUUACCUCCGUUUGAUAGUGAGAAGCGUGUCUGCUCGUUCCCAGAGUUUCUCAAGGAUGAGAUGAAGUCUAUAGACUCGGGAAUGCAUCGUUGGUGUAGCCCGGGGAGUGUUGAGGAGCUUCAACGAUUACUGCAGGGAGCACGUAAGGCUAACAGCGUUGGACUCUCUGUGAAACUGGUUGCUGGUAAUACUAGCACAGGAUACUAUAAGGAUGAAAGAGAUAGGCAUUACGAUAAAUACGUUGAUAUAACUCGGAUACGGGAGAUGAAAGAGAUAAGAGAAACCCAGAACGGGGUUGAGAUAGGAGCUGUGGUAACAAUAUCCAAAGUUAUUGCUGCUCUAAAAGAGAUUCGAGUAGAAAAGAUGUUUGGGAAACUGGCUGCUCAUAUGGAGAAGAUCGCUGCCAGGUUUAUAAGGAACUUUGGUAGCAUUGGGGGAAAUCUUGUAAUGGCUCAGAGGAAACAGUUUCCUUCUGACAUGGCUACAAUACUUCUUGCAGCAGGCGCAUCUGUUAACAUAAUGAGCUUGUCGAGAGGACUCGAGAAGGUAACACUUGAACAGUUCCUUCAGGGACCUCCUCUUGAAGACUAUUAUGAUCUGGUUUUGACUAUCGAGAUACCGUUUUGGCAUCAUCGAUCCUCUGAGUUGCUCUUUGAAACCUACCGAGCUGCACCUCGUCCUAACGGAAGCGCUCUGGCUUACCUGAACGCUGCUUUCUUGGCUCAAGUGAAGGAUAGGAUGGUGAUCAACUGUAGAUUGGCUUUCGGGGCUUACGGGACAAAACACGCCAUUAGGUGUAAGGAAGUUGAGGAGUUCCUCUCGGGGAAACUAAUCACUGACAAUGUUCUGUCUGAAGCUAUUACCUUACUUGGCAAGUCCGUUGUGCCACAAGAGGGUACAAGCAAUCUUGCUUACAGGUCAAGCUUGGCGCCAGGCUUCCUUUUCAACUUCUUUCACUCCUUAAUAAUAACGGAGAAACCGUCUUCAAAUGGUUACUACCACUUGGAUCAGCCUAAACCGUUGCCAAUGCUGUCAUCUUCACAACAUGUUCCUAUAAACGAUGAAUAUUUUCCGGUAGGCGAACCUGUUACCAAAUCUGGAGCUUCCCUUCAAGCUUCUGGUGAGGCUGUUUAUGUGGAUGACAUUCCAGCUCCCGCAAACUGCCUCUACGGUGCUUUCAUCUAUAGCACAAAGCCAUACGCAAAGGUAAAAGGUAUCAGUUUCAAGGAAAACUCAGUAGUACCUGAUGGAGUUCUUGCAGUCAUUUCUUACAAGGAUGUUCCUAAAGGUGGACAAAAUAUUGGUCUCAAGUUUUCAUUUGGCACUGAGCCCUUAUUUGCAGAGGAUUUCACCCUUCAUGUAGGCCAAUGCAUCGCACUCGUGGUUGCAGAUACACAGAGACAUGCGGACACCGCAGCUAAUCUUGCACUAGUUGAAUACGAAACAGAGGAUUUGGAACCACCAAUCUUAUCAGUGGAAGAUGCUGUCAAGAAAUCGAGCCUGUUCGAGAUUUAUCCUUUCUUAUACCCACAACAAGUUGGAGACACAUCAAAAGGAAUGUCUGAAGCUGAUCAUCGAAUUAUCAGCUCGGAAAUUAGACUUGGAUCGCAAUACUUCUUCUACAUGGAGACACAAACAGCUCUAGCAGUGCCAGACGAAGACAGCUCCAUCGUAGUCUAUAGCUCAUGUCAGACCCCUCAGUACGUACAUUCCUCGGUCGCUGCUUGCCUAGGCAUCCCUGAAAACAAGGUCCGUAUCAUAACCAGACGUGUUGGUGGAGGAUUUGGAGGAAAAGCUGUCAAAGCAAUGCCGGUUGCAACAGCGUGCGCAGUUGCUGCUAAUAAACUGCAGCGUCCUGUGAGAACCUAUGUAAACCGUAAGACCGAUAUGAUCAUGACUGGUGGGAGACAUCCCAUGAAAAUAACCUACAGUGUUGGAUUCAAAUCCACAGGGAAGAUCACUGCUUUGGAGCUAGAGAUACUAAUCGAUGCAGGAGCUACUCUAGGCUUAAGUAUGCUGAUUCCAUCAAAUAUCAUAGGGGCGCUAAAGAAGUACAAUUGGGGAGCCUUAUCUUUUGAUUUCAAACUUUGCAAAACGAAUCUUCUAAGCAAAGCAAUCAUGAGAGCACCGGGGGAUGUGCAGGGUACAUAUAUCGCUGAAGCCAUUAUCGAAAAUGUAGCAUCUAGCCUCUCCCUGGAGGCUGAUACCAUAAGAAAGAUUAAUCUCCAUACAUAUGACAGCUUAGCUCUGUUCUACAAGGACGGUGCUGGUGAACCACAUGAGUAUACUUUGUCUUCCAUGUGGGAUAAACUGGGUGUAUCUUCCAACUUUGAAGAGCGGGUUUCGAUUGUCCGAGAGUUCAACGAGUCCAACAUAUGGAGAAAACGAGGGAUAUCUCGAGUACCCAUCAUUUAUCCGGUAUCCAUGUUUGCAACUCCAGGGAGAGUAAGCGUUCUGAGCGACGGCACGGUCGUUGUUGAGGUUGGUGGGAUCGAGCUAGGCCAAGGGCUAUGGACGAAGGUGAAGCAAAUGGCUGGUUAUGCUCUUGGUUUGCUCCAAUGCGAUGGAACUGAAGAGCUUGUGGACAAGAUACGAGUUGUACAAUCAGAUACGUUGAGCAUGGUCCAAGGAAACUUCACGGGAGGUAGCACAACAUCCGAGGGAAGUUGCGCAGCUGUUCGUCUCUGCUGUGAAACCUUAGUCAAAAGAUUGAAACCUUUAAUAGAGAAAUCGGGUGGUCCCAUCAGUUGGAAUAAUUUGAUUUCUCAGGCCUAUGCUCAGUCUGUAAACUUAUCAGCAAGUGACUUGUAUACUCCAGAAGAAACUCCCACACAGUACCUGAACUAUGGUGUUGCAGUUAGCGAGGUUGAGAUAGACCUUGUGACCGGACAGACCACGGUUCUACAGACAGAUAUCUUAUAUGACUCUGGAAAAAGCCUCAAUCCGGCUGUGGAUUUAGGACAGAUUGAAGGAGCUUUUGUGCAAGGACUUGGUUUUUUCAUGCUUGAAGAGUACAUAACAGAUUCAGAAGGACUUCUUCUGACAGACAGCACAUGGACAUACAAGAUCCCCACCGUAGACACCAUCCCAAGGCAGUUCAACGUUGAGAUACUAAACAGUGGACACCACGAAAAGCGCGUCCUCUCUUCUAAAGCUUCAGGAGAGCCUCCAUUACUACUGGCAGCUUCGGUGCACUGCGCUACAAGAGAGGCGGUUAAAGAAGCGCGGAAACAGCUAAGGAUGUGGAAAGGUGUGAAUGACUCGGAGUUAAUGUUUCAGUUGCCCGUUCCAGCUACAAUGCCCGUUGUGAAGGAGCUUUGUGGUCUAGAUAUCGUUGAGAGCUAUUUGGAAUGGAAAUCCUCAGUUAACUAAAGAUUAUGAGUUAACAAAAAAUUAUCAGUUUUUAUAUUUAAUAAAUAUUCUUGUCUUAAA